AACACAUUUGGCUACAUUUUUGCUGUCUAGCUCAUCGAUAUUAAAACGCAUCUACAUACACUUGAAGUAUUAGCUUACUUCUGGUAGCAGCUGCAAACCCUCCUCAAACGAAAACUUUGAACAACGAAACCAGGUAGAAAUCAGCUAUGGAGUCCGGACCUACAUCUAACCUUAUGCCCGCCUCAAUGGGCCACGUUUCUUUGAAAGUUUCCCCCACCCGUGGUCGACGUAACAUCGCAAGGCUUUCCAUCAUGCGCCCACUACGGUUCAAUAUUUCUUCGCAAACCCGACCGCCGGACGGUCAGCAGGACAAGCUCGCCGGAGUUCGGGCAAUCCGACCACCAGGGCCAACGGUAUCUAUUCGGCCGGCUAGCCUGCUCUAUCGCGCCCCUACUGCGCUCCAUGGUACCGCGUCGCACCUCUUGCGCCACAUCCUUCGCGAAUCGUCGCCCGCUCCCUCUCCAACGACUAAACCACCGCCGGGAUCGCCUGUGAAGUUCCUCUCCUUACCCACUAGUAGGGGCGCUCGCCAACCCUAUGGGCCUCUAUUCCAGAAUGACGCUAUUUUGGACGGGUUCUUACUCAACAACGGGGGGUAUCUGGAUGAUAGUGACUCGGAGUCCGAGGCGGAAGACCCAUCCGAUUGCGACACCCCCAACCCAUCCGUUCUGAAUCUCACUAAAAAAUCUGCAGAGGGGCCCCAGUCACGAUCUCUUUUCAAAGCCUCCAUUGAAUACUUUUAAGAUCACCGCCUGGAAUUUACUAAAUAGAACCCUUUUUCGUGCAUACAAAUAGAACUUAGAAGCGAAGGAUUCCUCACCUUAAUUUUCACACUGUACCAG